UGCUCGCUGCUUGCGUCCUUGCCAGUCCUUGCGUCUCAAAUCUGGCGUCACAGUUCAUCCGUCACCUGAUGUAUUACGCAUCGCGUUUACGCGAAAGGGGGGGACGGUUAGCGUGAUGAACACAAGCAAAGAGAACUAGCAGUCACUGACAGCAAGUCACUAGCGAGUCUUGCAGUAGUUUUGUACUCGGCAGUGAACGUGAGUCGCAAUCCGCAGAGUUAACUCCGUGGUGAAGCGCCUUUCUCGACUCAUCUGCCUUCCACAGGCCGCGAACGAUCGAUACGCCGACCUAGCUCGCGGCUACGCUCCAGCUAUGCGCCCGUUUCGGCUGAUGUUUACGAUCGUCGUUUACGUCGACUGACAGCUGUCAAUUCCACAUUCGGGUCACCAGUGAGUCACCGGAUCGGCAGCUAAGAGCCUCCUUCAGACGAGUCCUGAAACAGUAGUAAAAUCGAGCGCUAAGCUCCCAGCUCGGGCACCCGCACGGGACGAUCAUCCCCCCAUAGGUAUCGCACGUCACGACCUACCCUUUGUUCAGAUGUCCAGGUAUUUUUUCGAUAUCACCGGCAUGGCGUCCAGCUCCGUCAGCCAGGAGGACUUUGACAACGACUUCGAGUUGACGUCCAGGAGGUCCAGAAUCAGGACUGCUAGGGCGAGAGUGGGCCCUCCGAGGACAGGAGAUGUAUCCUCCAUAAGUUUUCAAAAGAAUACACCUGAUGUGGAGGAAUCGCAAAAUGCUUACGACGCAGGUUCCAACCCCGUGCUUCCGCCCGAGCACGACAACCCGCAGAGCAAACCCAUAAUAAGGAAGCAGGAUAAACGCGUGACCGGCCGUGUCUUUAGUGUCGUAUCCUGUUUGCACAGGCCAACGCACAUAAACAAGGGGAAGCAGCAACGCGAUCGACGGAAACUACGAGAAAAGCGGCGUAGCACAGGAGUCGUACAUUUACCAUCGACAGAGAGCACUGGCGGAAGUACGGGGGAAGACGAGGAGGAACUUAGCGGCACUUGUCUUGAAACUAAGCACAACACGCAUCACAAUGAAUUUCUUGAUCACGAAUUGAUAGAAGAGCGGACCGCCAGAAUGUACACGCAAAGACGAAACAAAAGGCACUACCGUACUUCAUACAGGUCAUGUAUAGUUAGGCACAAUUGUCACUCGGAUUUGGAAGCCGACGACGAGGAAUUCGAUUCUCUCAAUCAAUCCGAUAGCAUUAAUCAGUCGGACGGCAAUCACGAACCGCCAACGUCAACGUUAACGUCUGUGAACGCGACCGGCAGGCCGAGAUUACCGACACCUACGGGCGAUAAUCCGCACGAACUGAUCGAACGAGCGCAGGAAGAGAACAGGAGACUAUUAUCACUUUUGGAAGAUCGGGACCACAAAAUAAUGGCACUGGAAGCUCGCCUUUUAAAGCAACAGCACGAGAUGACUAUGGAACGAGAACGGCUUCGCGAAGAGAAUGCCACGUUGAUUCGCGCAAUGGCGGCAUUAGCCAGCAAUUAAUUCUUUUCGUUUCUCGAGCAUAAAUCCGCGCGAUUUGAUUUUGAUUCUCAGUUUUCUCCCGGCAGAACCCGCUUGUAAAAGCUGAAAAGUGGUACAAAAACGUUUAGUUUUGUAUUGCUUUUUUUCCGUUUUCGUUGUAUCAAGAACCACGGUAGGAUAAACUGAAAGUCACGCGUCGCAUUGAUCCUUUAAUUUUAUAUUUUUUUCCUUAAUGAAAUUUAAAAGGCUGAAAACUUAAUAGAAUGUGUAAGCGAGCUAGCUUGUAAUUUGCGUGAAAGUUUGAAGAAAUUUAAGUUGAUAGCGAUAAGAGUUUAGAUAUUUAGUUUAAUAAACUAAAAAAAGAUAUUUGCACAUUGCAUUUCGUAGUAAUUGAUUUUCUAUCUCCCUCCGAAUAUGCAUGAUUUGUGAAUCAUCCUAGGCAAUAAGGAAGGAAUUAAUCAAUCCACCUAAGUAGAGUAAACUUAACUUUAGUGCAUAUCGCAGACUGAGUCAUUACGAAUAAACAGAUAACUUUCUCUAAUCACAUGCUGGGCUGCAAAAAGCAUAAACGCAAACUGCACCGCGAGCCACGUUUUUUAAAAAGCAAUAUAAUUCUCCCUCGUAAAAAUAUUGUUAAAGAUAGAUCGAUUAUCACCUGCACAGACAUAGAAACUUGCACGUUGUUAUCGAUAUAUUUGCUAUCUCUUCAGCUGAUUAGUUGCCAUUUUUUUUUCUUUCAAUAUGUUCUCGAUGAGAGAAAAGCGAGAGAUAAAACGGUGACGCAAUAAAAAUACUGAAAUCAUGCGAAAGAAGUGCCGAUUACGACAUAAGCGAUCCAUUUUCUAUCGUAAUAAUGUAAGAAACGGAUAUUUCUAAGUUUUUUUUACACUUGCGCAACACAUGGAUGUAUGAUUAUAAAUUAUUAUUUUAUUACAAUUAUUCAUAUUAUUGUAUUAUUAUUAUUUCUACUAUCACUAUAUGCGGGCUGUAUCAAAUUCUAUGUAUAUAUAGACGCAAAAUGAUUAUGUAGCAAUUAAUGCGUUUAAUUAAGAAAACCUUCGCGGUGAAAUGUAGUAUGCGGAGCGAUGUAACGAGAAUGUGUAAUAUUGUUUGAAGAAAGACUAAAGGAAAAAAAAAAAAAAAAUCGCCAGCUAUUCAGUGACUCAUCGUACUUCUUAUUCCUUUCUUGCGUCGUAAAGAUAAUCUGGCAUAAAAAUGAGGCUUAAACCGCAUAAUUCGAAGCGAGGUGAAGUAGACGAUAAACAGAAUAUUGUGAAGUGAAGCAUUGAAGUAGUUUCCCCACGUGAACCAGCAAAGUUUUGCAUUUUUAUUCAUAAAAUAACUAAAUAAAUUUUCAAUAUAAUACAAUACUUGCACGCACAUACGCAAUAUAGUUACAUCUUUACGCUAAUAUUUUCCUAAUCACUACGUAGCUGUAUAUUACAAAUCGUUGGGAUCCGAUCAUACAUUUAGGGUCUCUCCUUCUCUCUCUCUCUCUCUCUCCCCACCAAAUCCGUCUCGGUUUUCUCUCAUAUGUUUGCCCUUAUUCCUUCGAAAUGUACACUUUGAUCUUUCCCGGGAUUUGUCUCAUUAAUUUACUCCGCUAAAAAGGCCCCGGAAAAGUUUGAUCCAUAGUUUUACGAUGUGUGUAACCUUCCAAAAUGUUGUAUAAAACUUUGUCGAAGUACUUUGUGUCGUGUUUAAAGAGAAAGAGAUGUCGAUUGGUUCGCAAGAAGAUAUAUCUCUAAGAGGCGCAAGCAGACAUCCCGAAAGGGCAAGCGACCCUUCGCGCGCGCACGUUAACAAUAGAGAUACGACGACGUACAAUAAACAAUUCUCUUUGCAAUCUCUUCGAUUUGCACGCGCACAAAUGUAAUGUUAUCUAAUCGUGAAAGGCUAAUCUUUGGAAAAUUUAUAAAUAAAUAUGAUAUGUAGUAAAGAUGCGAAUACAACUGGUAGUUCAAGUAAAAAAAAAAUAAAAAAA